AUGGCUCUGGCUGUAAGGGCCCAUUUAGCCAAAGGCCCAGUCGGCGAUCGCCGACUCGCCGACCUGGCCAGGCCGCCACUAGCAUUAAGAAAUCUAAAAAAUUUAGUUAACAUAGAAGAUGGAAUUUUCGAUGAUAUGAAUCAACUACGAACUAUUGUUAUUCAUAGCGCUCCRAACCUGAAGGUGAUUUCAUCGUUGCUGUUUGACGUGUAUUUGCCUAGCCUAAAAAUCUUGGAAAUUGUUCAAACGGGAAUCAAGAAACCACCGUUCUUAAGUUUAUUGAGGACCAACCAACAUCUUCGCAUAGUAGACCUYGAAAGCAAUAGAAUAGAAAAAGUGAUUCCAGGAGAACUAUCGAUCAGCGCAGAACAGCUGUAA